AUGUCUGCGCCCAAGAGAAGAGUUUUCGUUGUCGGUGUCGGAAUGACCAAGUUUGAAAAACCUGGUCGCCGAGACAACUUUGAUUAUCCAGAUAUGGCUUUAGAAGCAGUUACUAAAGCCUUGAAGGAUUCAGGGGUCCAUUACAAGGAAGUAGAACAAGCUUGUGUAGGCUACUGCUAUGGGGAUACAACAUGUGGACAAAGGGCCAUAUACGAGGUCGGAAUGACAGGGAUCCCUGUAUAUAAUGUUAACAAUGCUUGCUCUACUGGCUCCACAGCUCUUAUGAUGGCAAGGCAGUUCAUCGAGGGGGGUCUUUCAGAAUGUGUCCUGGCCCUUGGCUUUGAGAAAAUGGAGCGUGGUUCCCUGUCUGCCAAGUACAUGGAUAGAACAAACCCUAUGGACAAACAUUUACAAAACAUGGUGGAUAAUCGAGGUCUUGAGUCAACCCCAAUUACUCCUCAGAUGUUUGGCAAUGCUGGUAGAGAACAUAUGGAAAAGUAUGGCACCAAACCUGAACAUUUUGCAAAGAUAGCAUACAAGAACCACAAACAUUCUGUCAAUAACCCGUAUUCCCAGUUCCAGGAUGAAUACACUCUUGAACAGAUCCUGAAGGCCCCAAUGAUCCAUGCCCCAUUGACAAAACUACAAUGUUGCCCAACAUCUGACGGGUCUGGUGCAGCCAUACUGGCCAGUGAGGAGUUUGUUAAGAAGCACAAUCUUCAGUCGCAGGCAGUGGAGAUUAUUGCCCAAGCCAUGGUCACUGACCUUCCCAGCACAUUCCAGGACAACAGUGCUAUGAAACUGAUUGGGUAUGACCUCUCUAAAAAGGCAGCUGAGAAGUGCUACAAACAAGCGGGUCUUACACCUAAUGAUGUACAUGUUGUGGAACUCCAUGAUUGUUUUGCUGCAAAUGAGCUUGUCACAUAUGAGGCCAUUGGUCUUUGUGAAGAAGGUAAAGCUGGAGAGUUCAUUGACAAGGGUGACAACACAUAUGGUGGCAAGUAUGUGGUGAAUCCCAGUGGAGGUCUAAUAUCCAAAGGUCACCCACUUGGAGCUACAGGCCUUGCUCAGUGUGCAGAACUUUCCUGGCAGUUGAGAGGUCUGGCUGGUAAAAGACAGGUUCCUGGUGCUAAGAUAGCUCUACAACAUAAUCUAGGACUUGGAGGUGCUGCUGUGGUCACCAUUUAUAGACUUGGAUUUCCAGAGGCUGUACAGUCUGGUCUUCAAACAAUGGCUGUUAGCUCCAGUGCCCUUGGAUCAGAAGGGUUCAAGUCAUCACCAGUAUUUGUUGAGCUGGAGAAGGAAUUGAAAAAGAAUGGUGCUGACAUAGUGAAAAAGGUGAAGGCUGUGUACGUGUUUAAGGUGCGAGGAGGUCCCGGAGGCAAAGAAGGGGUGUGGGUAGUAGAUGCCAAAUCAGGCAAUGGAUCAGUCUCAUUUGGAACAGAAGCUAAGGGAGAUUGUACUAUUAAUAUGGCUGAUGAAGAUUUGCUCAAUCUCAUGACAGGACAGCUCAACCCACAGAAGGCAUUCUUCCAAGGGAAGCUAAAGGUCACAGGCAAUAUGUCUCUGGCUCUUAAACUGAAGGAAUUUCAACCAAAGGCUGGGACAUCCAAACUGUAGACAUUCACUCCAAUCCAAUACACCAACCAAAAUGUGCCAAGUAAACAGGACUUGAAAUAGAGGCCUUUAAUAUUUUUAUAUGAACAGAUGAAUGUUCAUGUGUUUUAUAGUACAGUGAAACCUGUUAAUGUGAACACUUCUGUAGGCAGAAUACCUCCAUAAGUGGAACACUUCAG